ACGUUGUUUUCUUCUCUCUGAGUAGAAUUGUGUUUCAGGACGCCAGAGAUAGAGAGAGCGUGAGAGAGAGAGAGCGUGAGAGAGCGCGUGGGAGAGAGCGUGAGAGAGAGAGGGAGAAAGUGAACGGAAUAAAGUCAUGUUGACCAGUGACCAGCACGUCUACAGAACGUUUGGAUAUUUGGAGCGGGUUUAAAAUUGAUUCGGUGGUAGUAACUUAUUUACACCUGGAUGGAACUCUGGCGAUGCGCUUGGAUUUUAGGAUAACUGGCGCCACAAUUUACCAUUGAGAAGCAGCAAUACUGCACUGGAGAAAGCAACAAGGUAGCAAACACAAGCACAAUCAUCCAAGGUACUGUAGCCCUAAAAAUCUAGGAGAUAUGAGGGAACUUUGUAUCUGGAUUCUGAGAGUUUCCAUGCUUCUGCUGCUGCUCAGGCCAAAUCCCCUGGAUUGCCAGCUCACUACAGACCACAGGAAGGUUCCUCAAAGGGCAGAGCCCCAGCAGCAGGAGGCUGGAGGAGUUCAGGGUGGGGGCCCAGGCUCCUGGGGCUCCUGGGGGCCUUGGUCCUCCUGCUCCCGCUCCUGUGGGGGAGGGGUUCAGGAACAGAACCGACCCUGCCUACCCUCCUACAACCCCUCCUUGGGUGCAGCUGCCUACCCCUCCAGGCCAGGUGGCCACCACCCCCAGCACGCCAACCAGAACCCAGGCCAUGUGGUGUCUGCCCUAAGACCCACUGUCCCGCUGCACCGCACCAAUCCUGGGAGACCCCCACCCUCCAACAGCAACACCAGCUUGGCCCACCGAGGCGAGCUGAGGGACCAGCAGAGAGACAGAGAGGCCCAUGCUGGACACAGGACGGGCAGUGACAGUCCCAUCAUUCCAGGGAAGUAUGGCUAUGGGAGGAUGCCUUAUGUUGUGUCUCUCCAGACAGACAAAGGCCAGACGUCUGGAAUAGAGACCGGGGCUGGCCGCUCCCACAGACAGAGACGCUCCCCUUUCUCUGACCCCAGCCCAUCAGCCACCAGGCACGGAGGCCACAGGCCAAACCCCUACCGUCCGCCCUACAACAACCCCCAUCUCCACAGCUACAGCCCAGUCUAUCACCAGCCCCCAGCCCCUCAACCCAGGUCUAACACUAACCCAGCCUCCCCUCCCAGGGAUAACCCUAACCCAGCCUCCCAGCUCAGGUCUAACCCUAACUCUAACCCAGCCCCCCAGCCUAGGGCUAACCCUAACCCAGCCCCCCAGCAUAGGUCUAACCCUAACCCAGACUCCCAGCCCAUGUCUAACCCAGCCUCUCAGUCCAGGGCUAACCAUAACCCAGCCUCUCAGCCCAGGGCUAACCCUAACCCAGCCCCCAGCAUAGGUCUAACCCUAACCCAGCCUCCCAGCCCAGGGCUAACCCUAACUCUAACCCUAACCCAGCCCCCAGCAUAGGUCUAACCCUAACCCAGCCUCCCAGCCCAAGGCUAACUCUAACCCAGUCCCCCAACCCAGGUCUAACCCUAACCCAGCCUCCCAGCCCAGGGCUAACCCUAACUCUAACCCUAACCCAGCCCACCA